UAGGGUUAUUUCAUUGUUAGGGUGACACGUGGAAGGUGAGAUGGAGGUGACAUGCCAUUGAGGUGGAUUUAUUGUUUACAAGAGCGUUUCACAUUCGGCCUUGAAAAUCAGACGCCACCCAAAAACGCCGUUUCAUAUGCUUUAACCGGCGCCUGUUCCCCUAUGCGACCGGAGAAGUUCAAGAAACCGGCCCGUCAGGCAUCGAUUCUGGUGAGCAGCUUCCGGAUUCAACUUUGGACGCAUUUUGACAAGUUUGCGCCCGUUCACCAGUCAUGGUGCAUCUAUCGAGCAACUCCGCCUAACCCAUCAGGUUUUGGAAGUGAGAAAUGGAUUCUACGAGAACUCAUGCUGCAGCUUUGGAUUUUGCUUCUAUAUGCCCUCAAUUCUAAUUCCAUAGUUUGAAUUCUGUGUACCAAACGGGACCAAAGAAAACAACUUUAAGGAACGAAGGAAGUAUUUUUUUAAAUGCAAAGAAAAGGAAAAAUAAAAGGAAGGCAUUGUACGUCCGUUAUUUUCUGAAGAGUAUUUGGGAGAUUUUUAGACGGUAUAGACCGUAAAGUAGUACUCCCUCCAUUCCUAAUUAUCUGUCUAUUAUGGAAGUUUUAUUUGUCCACAAAUAACUGUUUAUUACAAGAUCCAAUGCAAUCUUACUAUAUAUAAUGCUUGGAUCUCUUUUUCUACAGUGUUCCCGCCCAUUUUUUUGCUACAGUACGCGUGAGAUUUGGACCGCACAUUAUACAAAGCUUCCUGCGUACAUAUGUAGAGAGAGAAGGCAAAGAGGCUAGGGUUUGCUAUGGACAACGGGCUGUCGAGCGGAAGAAGUGGGAGACGACAUCGCUGGCCGUAGAUCUAUCAAAUUGCUGCUCCAACGCUCAUUCCAUUGGAAGUCGGAAGAGGCCUGCGAUGAAGAAGAAGUCAAAGAGCUCAACGAUGUGCGUUUUCAUUUAUGGAAUUUUUUGGUAAAUCUUCUUUUAACAGCUUCAAUUAUGCCAUCUUUUACAUUUUGCAGCAUCAAACAUCACAUCCAGUAUAAUAGAUCUUAGAUACCGUUUGGAUGUGGCCAGGUACUCUAACUGUAAAAGCCAGAUUCCUUCAUCUUA